UUGUGUCAACGUUUCUGACAAUAUAGUAGUAUUUUGCACUUCUUAUAUUUAUAUAAAAUGUAUAUUUAAAUUAAAAUUGUUUUCAACAGAUUUGAGCCAAAUUCGUCCAGUUUAUGCCCCAAAAGAUUUCCUAGAAGUCAUUAUUAGUUUACAGAACCCAAACAAUCAUGGAUCAGACACACCUGGAUUUUACCAUCUCUGGGGAAUUGUUCAAGUUCCUUUAAAUGUCAAGGACAUUGAUGAAUUGAGACUGCAGUACAGUGAUAUGUCAAUCAAUCAGUGUCAGUCAGGGAUUGACGAUAGUCUGGACAUUCCAUCAGAACUCUUUGAACAGGAAAGAGUCAAGCUCGGGAAGAAAGUGAUUAAUGCAAAUCAUGGCCCUCUUGCUCAAGAAUUUUCUAAGAAAGGGUGCCCCACUAGCAUGCGUGCUACACUGUGGUGUCAAAUACUGGCUAUUGAAGUGGAUGAAAUUGAUGUCCUUUAUUACGAGCAACUGAAAACAAAUGUGCUGCAACAUGACCUAUUAGUCGACAGUUUACUUUACAAGGAUGUGAAGCUAACUGCAACAAAUGAUGACCAGUAUUUUGUUUUUGAGGACUUUUUAUAUCAGAUUUUGUUACCAUUUUCAAGAGAUACAUGUGUAUUGAAACACUUUGAUUACAACAGUGCAAGCCCUCCUAAAUCAUAUAUCCGUGGGAGGUUGGGUAUGGAUGAGUUCGCUGUGAAUUACCCCCCAAAUGGCGUGAUCCCUUUCCAUGGAUUUGCUAUGUAUGUGGCACCAAUGUGUUUUAAUUAAAAGCCUAUUACCCUCUACUACGUUUUAAUGUAUGUGCGCUAUUUCCAAUUCCACAGUAACUUUCCACAGGGAAUUGUUGGCCUGAGUCUUCUAUUUGAAUCACUUCUUCAAACACACGAAUCAGAUCUGUUUUUUCACCUCAAAUCUGUUGGAUGUCAACCACUUAAGGUAGCAUUUAAAUGGCUUGUACGUGCCUUUUCGGGAUACCUCUCCAGUGAUCAGGUCCUCUUGUUGUGGGACCGCGUCCUAGCAUACAACUCCUUGGAGAUCUUGUCAGUGUUGGCAGUGGCAAUAUUUUCCUUCAGAAAGACCAACUUAAUGAAGGUUCAGUCCUACAACGCAGCAGAGGCAGUUUUAGCUGAUCUGACAACGUUACAAGUUAUCCCCUUGAUUCAGUUAAGUCUCUUCUCCAAGUGAAUACUGAUGAAUCUGCUGUCAACCGCCUACUCCACAGGGCCUAAUGAGUGGAGCCGUGGUGACAUUAAGCACAGGACAGCGGACUUCAUGUACUGAAUUAUUGAGUUGGCAAUUUGUAAUUAUCUCAGAUACUUCAUCAUUAUUUGACUGUGAUAUUACAUAUGGGUAUUUUUUUAAUUGCUGAGGACAAUGUCAAUUUUUUUUUUCAUAUUACAUUUUUAUUAUCUGGAUUUAUAUUAGGAAAAGUGGUUUUUUACAUGGUAAUUGUGAAAAUAAAAAAAGUAUUAAUACA